CCUUUUCGGACGCAGCUCGCAGUGCAUGGUGACCCUCGGCAACGCGGUCGCGGGGGCCGUCGGGAUCGCCGGCGGCUUCUCGCUCGCGCUCGGCGGAUGGUCGUCCAUGUCCCUUGGGGCGCGGUCGCUCUUCGUCUCUGUGCAGAUCCUCUCGUGCUUUGCCAUGGGCUUUGUCACGACCUACACGUGCAUGGACAACCUCGGUGGCCAAGGCGAUGCGACCAAGAUUGGGAUCGCGGCCGGCGUCGGCGGCGCGCUGGCGAUCCUCGUGUCGCUCGCCACGUCCGUGGGCCCGCUCUUCCUCAUUGCGCUCACGGGUGCGAUCAUUGCGCCGUGGCUGCUCAUCCUCGACAGCGGUGCCGGCAACGUCUUUACGUCGCAGCCGUCGUUCGCGCUCCAGGAGUUUGAGAUCGCGUUCAUCAUCGUCUUCUUCCUCCUCUUCGUGUCCCACUCGAAGAGCCCGGAGGUAGAGAACCACCGGUUCAAGUACCUCCUCAUGAGCGGCCUUCUCGGGGGCUGGCUCUUCUCGGACGCGCUCUUCCGCCUCGCGUUUCCCAACCAAACGCCGCUCUCGAACCUGCUCUUCGGCGUCCUCGGCCUCGGUGGCCAGCCGCUCUUUGGGUCGCUCUCGGCGGACAACAAGACGAUCAUGCUCGUCGUGUGGGGCGGCGUCUCGCUUGUCGGCAUGGUCAACCAGCUCAGCAUGCGCUGGGGCCUCUUCUGCUACAACAAGGCCGGCGCGCACCUUCCGAUGAACGGUGUGCUCCAAGAAGACCUCCCCGAGCUUCCUCCAGGCGCGGCAGCCGGAGCGCCGCAUUUGAACGAACGCAACCGACUCGUGUGUGAAAAUUGCUUUGCAACCGUCCCACAAGGCACGGCGUUCUGCACCGAGUGCGGUGAGGCCAUGCAGCUCAACGACGACGGCACGCAGCACAUCUCGAUCUCGCUCGCCAACAAACCCUCGAUCGCCAUGGGCGCCGACGGCACGACGCCAGCCUCGUGGAUGGAAGUGCCCAACCGCGCGUACCUCUCGACGACAUCCUUCAUCGACCCCAAGAAGAUGACGGAGAAGAACGCCGAGGCGCGGUCGAUCCGCUUCAUGGACGCGGGCGACGGCAAGCAGAAGCAAGGCGGCCCGAACUUUUACGAGCCGUCGUUCCGGUCGUUCGCCAUGAGCACGGUCUCGCUGGCGGGGCGCGCGGCCGAGCCCGUCGAGACGCCCAACAUCCGCAAGUACAAGAUGUCGGGCGGAGGCUUCUUCCACGUCGCGUACUUUCUCUCGGCGAUCACGGGCAUCGUGUGGCUUGCGUUCCUCAUCACGUUCUACCCGAGAGAGAGUCCAUGCAGCAACUCGAUGCCGCACCUCGACUGCUCGACGAUCGAAGCCAGCGUCGUCAAGGCCAACGGGUGCUACCCGAGUACGAACCCGCAGAGCAAGAACGUGCUCACGGACCAAGCCUACUGCAUCAAGGACACGCCCGGUGGUGUCUGGUUCUGCUACUGCCUCUUCAUCUUUUCCGAGUACCUCAACUUCUUCCUCGGCCUCCUCUUCAACUUCUCCAUGUGGCGCCCCGUGCGCCGCGGUGCGCGGUACCUCAACGACUUCAAGCCCGCGCUGCCAAAGGAGCAGUGGCCGAGCGUCGACGUCUUUUUGUGCCACUACUCGGAGCCCGUCGUGGACUCGAUGCAAACGCUCAAGAACUGCCUCGCGAUGCAGUACCCGCCCGAGCUCCUCCACGUCUGGCUCUGCGACGACGGGUACACCAAGUCGGUCUGGGACGCUAACAACCACUUUAAAGUGACGGUCAACACCAAGAACAUUGCCAACUGCGGCGAUUUGCGCGGCGACGUCGCGCGCAUGAUGCACGAGCGUGUCGUUGGCCCGGUCACGAGCGACGAGCAGCUCAAGGCGUGGCGCCGCCAGCACUCGUCGGUGCGCGAGUUGCGCAAGGAAGGCAACAAGGGCAUCCAGCGCCGCGACUGCGCGGUCGGCUCGUUGAGCGACGACUACGACUACCGCGACCGCGGCAUUCCCCGCGUCACCUUUGUCGGUCGCAUGAAGCCGGAGGAGCACCACGCCAAGGCCGGUAACAUCAACAACAUCCUCUUCAACGAAGGCGCUGACGGCAAGUACAUCCUCAUCCUCGAUAACGACAUGAAGCCGCACCCCAAGUUCCUCCUCGCGGUCCUCCCGUUCUUUUUCUCGGAAGGCGAGGCGGUGGACGGCACGGGCCGCCAGUACUCGGACGACAUCUCGUGGAACCAAGUCGCGUACGUGCAGACGCCGCAGUACUUCGAGGACUCGCCGCAGAUCACUGAGAUGGGCGACCCGUGCGGCCACAAGAACACGAUUUUCUUCGACGCGGUGCAGUGCGGUCGCGACGGUUUUGACUCGGCCGCUUUCGCCGGUACCAACGCCGUCUUCCGUCGCCAAGCGUUCGACUCGAUCGGCGGUAUCCAGUACGGUACCCAGACCGAAGACGCGUUCACGGGCAACAUUUUGCACACGGCGGGCUGGGACUCGGUCUACUUCCGCAAGGAUUUCGAAGGCGACGCGAAAGACCGCAUCCGUCUCUGCGAAGGUGCGAUCCCAGAGACUGUCGCUGCGUCGCUCGGCCAGCGCAAGCGCUGGGCCAUGGGUGCCGUCCAGAUUUUGCUUAUGAAAGGGGACUCCGAGGUCGACCCGGACUGGCGCCCGCCCCGCGUGCCGGCGCCGGACCCGAAGCCGAGCCUCAACUUUCCGCGCAAGAUGUUCUUCUACGACUCGGUCUUUUACCCGUUCGGGUCGAUUCCCGCGCUCUGCUACGUGACGAUUGCGAUCUACUACUUGGUGACGGGCGACGCGCCGAUUUACACGCAAGGCAACCUGCUUCUCUACACGUUCCUCCCCGUAAUGCUCGCGCGCUGGAUGCUCAACUUGCUCGCCAACCGCAGCGUCGACUCGAACGACGUGUGGCGUGCGCAGCAGACGUGGUUUUCCUACUCGUUCAUUACGAUGCUCGCGAUCCUGGAGGCGGUCCGCUGGCGCCUCACGGGCGUCAUCUCGGCCUGGGCCAACACGGGUGCCGGUCAGAAGACGUCGUGGACCGAGAUUCCCAACGUCAUGAUGUACUUUACGCUCAUCGUGGCCGAGGUCGUCGCGCUCAUUCGCUUCUUCCAGUACGAGAACGCAACGAGUCCGUGGAACUACAUCUCGGCCAUGUUCUUCGGCUUCUGGGUCAUGUCCAACUUGUACCCGAUGGUCAAGAUGAGCAUCUCCGAGUACGCGGGCUGGGACCACACGUCGGCGACGUUCACGGCCAACAUCUUUGGCUCGCUCCUCCUCAUCGGCGUCGUUGUCUUUGUGCAGUACUGGCAAAUGUACUUUGAGGUCAACUUGAUGACGGCCAACGGCCAAUCAGCGACGAGCGGGUAGAGGGAUCGCUUCCUUUUGCAUACAACACGACAAUCACAGAUCAAUAUACACCAACUAUAUUCGUCCCCU